AUGGCCGGAGUAGCCGUCUCUCCCGCUUCUCUGCUCGGUCUCAUCGCCGAAAUCAUUGUAAUUCCGGCGAAUACGGGAGUGUUUAAGAAAGACUGUGCGGAUCUCGCGAGACGAGUUUGUCUCUUGACGCAUUUGGUCGAAGAGAUUAGAGAUUCUCCGACUCCGGAAUCUGAUCCUUCGUCUUCUUUGAUUCCUUCUGAAUAUGAUGAUGAUUGGUGGUCUGAUCUCGUGGUUGGGCUCCAAUCCGCCAAGCGGCUUCUAGUCACAGCCACUAGUUUCAGAGCUCGCGAAUCCUCUGACGGUGCUGCCAAGAGAAUCUCAUUCCACUUCCAAUGCGUUGCGUGGAAACUGGAGAAAGCAUUAACCGGUUUGCCAUAUGAUCAAUAUCACAUCUCCGUUGAAGUCCGCGAACAGGUGGAACUAGCAAGAUCACAGCUGAAAAGAGCAACGCAGAGAUACGGAUCUUUGAAUUCAAAGAAGUUCUCGAUUGCUCUAUCCGAACCAAUUGAGAAAGAUGAUAUCUUUAGCAUCACCAAGAGCAAAUUUGUUGCUGAGGAGAAGCUGGAGAGUAUUCAAGAAACAGAGCAUUUGAGGAAGAGCUCUUCUGUUUCCUUGGCUUUCUUCUUAUCAAAGAAUGCUGAUGAAGAGAGAUCAGAGAAAGCGGUUACAACGAUCAACGAUGAUGACUCAAAGAACUCAGAAGAAGAAGAACUCACAAUCCCAGAGGACUUUCUUUGUCCAAUAUCUCUAGAACUGAUGAAAGAUCCUGUAAUCGUUUCAACAGGACAGACAUACGAGAGGUCUUACAUACAAAGAUGGAUAGACUGUGGAAACCUGAGAUGCCCAAAGACACAGCAGAAGCUCGAAAACUUCACUCUCACUCCAAACUACGUUCUCAGAAGCCUCAUCUCUCAAUGGUGCACUAAGCACAACAUUGAGAGUAAAACCAAAAACAGUGAUGGGUCUCUAGCCGGAGACAUGUCAGCGAUCCGAGCAGUGGUUCGCAAGCUCUCCACCACCCGAUCGAUCCAAGAACGCAAGAACGCACUCUCCAAGCUACGUUCUCUCUCCAAACGAAGCAUGGACAAUAGAAUCCUAAUUGCGGAAGCAGGAGCCAUCCCUGUUCUGAUCAAGCUUCUGACCUCGGAAGAUACUGAAACGCAGGAGAAAGCUGUCACUUGUGUUCUCAACCUCUCUAUAUACGAUCCAAACAAAGAGCUGAUCAUGCUCGCAGGACCAUCAAUCACCUCUAUAGUGCAUGUGCUGAGAGCAGGAACCACGGUAGCUAAAGAGAACGCCGCGGCGGCUCUCUUCAGCCUCUCGUUAGCUGAUGAGAACAAGAUCGUAAUAGGCGCGUCCGGCGCGAUACCGGCGUUAGUGGAUCUGCUUGAGAACGGUAGCGUGAGAGGCAAGAAAGACGCUGCGACGGCUUUGUUUAACUUGUGUAUGUAUCAAGGAAACACAGGGAGAGCGGUUAGAGCCGGUAUUGUUAAACCGUUGGUGAAAAUGCUGACCGAGAGCGAGAGGUUGGUCGAUGAAGCUUUGACCAUGCUUUCGUUUUUGGCUUCUUGUAACCUAGAAGCUAAAGCGUUGAUGUUGAAGGCUAAAGCGAUGGGGGCGUUGGUUGAUGUGCUUCAGAAGGAUCAGCAGCCGAGGAACCGAGAGAACGCGGCGGCGAUACUGCUGUGUCUUUGUAGGAAUGAUGCUGAGAGACUGACGUUUAUUGGUAGACUUGGAGCUGUUGUUCCUUUGAUGGAGCUAGCGAGAGAUGGUACAGAGAGAGCUAAGCAGAAAGCUAAUCUUUUGCUAGGGCUUCUUCGCAAAUUAUCUCACUAA